AGUAUUUAAUUUACUAAUUCUAUGCAUAGAGCAUCUUAUGGUACAACUAAAUAUUGCACUUAUUAUCUACGUAACAUGACUUGUCCAAACCCAAACUGUUUAUACUUGCAUGAGCCUGGAGAAGACGCAGAUACGAUAUCAAAAGAAGAAUUAGCCACUGGGUAAGUUGCCAAAAUAAAUAAACGCGUGAGAGAGAAAAUAAACGUGUGUAAUAGCAAACAUCGAAUGAGAGAUCAAAUGUCAUAUGAUAACAACAAUAAUGAUGACCACGACCAUGACGAUGAAGAUGGACACAGAUCAUCACAAUAUAGUUCACCUUCUAUCUCUAGCUCUGAUUUCCCUCCUGUGUCUUCUACAGUCAAGAGAGCUACUACUUCUACUACUGUUGCGGGCGACGAGGAGCGUUCAGCGCUUCCUGCUACAGCCUCAUGGGGAAAAACAAGCACACCAGGUACACCGACGAUUAAGAGCAGUGGCCUGCCUGAUCGUACUUUGACUCCUGAUGCAUUUGGGCCACCUUUAUCAGUCGCUGUUGCUCAACAGCAACAACAGCAACAAAAGCAGCAAGUGUCUCCUACUGUCUUGAAACGUAAAUUAGAAAAGAAAAAGCGCAAGGAGUUACUUCAAAAGCAACGAAAGGAAGAAGAAGAAAAGGAGCAACAACAACAGCAACAACAGCAACAACAAAGCCAAUCAUCGAGUUCAUCAUCAGAGGAUCAAGAACAACAAGUCCAAGAAGAAGACAAGAGUUAUUAUCCUUUUGAUGGCCUUGUUCAAUUUGUUCUUGGACAUGCUUUUGAAGAGGUUUGUUUACCGAAAUUAACAAAAGAGGAUGAAGAGGAGCCUGUUGGAGUAUCUGGUCUGCAUGAAUCUUCAUCAGAUGAUGAUAAUAGCAAUAACACACCAACCACACCACCUUUAAGCUUAGAACAGCUCACCAUAAGUGAAGACAUGUCACCACUCGAAUUCUUCACUCAAUCUAUUCCUACACCCAAAUACACAGGUACAUUCAACCCAUUUUCUCAUCAAAUUUUGAGAAGUAAUACAGCUAUCUUUGACUCUCCUGUGCGCAAACAUUCACGAUUUGGGUUUGCUCAAUUUUAAUUUUUUUGUUUUCUUUUCUAUAUUUCUUUUUUUUUUUUCUUUACACAAAUAUAAUAAAAAAACUAUGGAUAACAGCAAUAGUGUUUUCAUUUGUAGUUGUUGUUCUUUUGGUGAUAAAGGAAGGCGUAUUGCAGUUUAUAUUGCCAGCUUCUUGGUAAAUUUUUUAUACAGAGUCAUGAUA